UAAAGAACUUGAAACUCUUUGCAUGGAUAUAAGCUGGAGUAUCCUUGAGGUCUUAUUUGAAGGAACCCAAUGUUGUAUAAAUCAACUCCUGAGGAAGACUAAUGUGAUGUCACGUGUGAGAAUACUACAUCAAUAACACCAGAAACCAAUAUCUGAACACCAGACCAACAUUUCUCAUAGAAUCCAGUGGGAAGAAUUACAUUCAUUACUUACAUAUUAACUAGUAUUAUAGUGAACUGUUUACCUCUGUGUCUGUAUGUGCUGCUAGUCCCAAGGCAGGCGCAUUGAAACAGAUUUAGCCGUAUUAAAUCAAAUCAGAUCACAUUUAAUAAGGCUCAUUUCAACUCAAUAUUUGUCUGUUGGGGAGCUAAUCCAAAAGACUUCAUUUAAAGAAGAUACAAUAACAUUUUCAUAUAAAACUCAUUAACAUGUUAACUGAAUGCUGAAUUGUGAGUCACACAAUCAAACUUUGCCUCACAUUUUUAAUCAUGUAUUUAAGCAUUAUUUAACCAUGUCAUUCAGUGUUGUUGUGGGCUCAGCUUGAGAUUGCUUGCUUUUCGACAGAUACACCACAUACACACAUUGGUACAUUCACAGGCUGCAUGGCCCUGGUUUUACCCUUGUUUUUAAAUUAAUUGGUCCCGGAGUUUUUCGCUGAGUGUAAACUCACUUUAUGUUUAAACACACACACACACACAAACACCAACUCCUUCUCUUUGUGUAUUUCCAUUUCCUUAUGAUAGAUUUAGAUGCUCAGUAUUCACUAACCCGGGCUCAGCGUGUCAGGGCUGCCAUGUUCCCAGAGACCCUUGUGGAAGGUGAGGCAGCCAUGCCUGUCCAAUCAGAUCCGACGCAGCAGAGCAAUGUGCAACGACUGGCUGAACCCUCUCAGAUGCUAAAAACUGCUAUUGUCCACCUGAUAAACUACCAGGAUGAUGCUGAGUUGGCCACCAGGGCAGUGCCAGAGCUCACCAAGCUGCUGGCAGACGAAGAUCCGGUUGUGGUGAACAAGGCGGCCAUGAUAGUCAACCAGCUCACUCGUAAGGAGGCCAGCCGCCGGGUGCUAGUACAGUCUCCAGCCAUUGUGGGCGCUGUGGUGCGUGCCAUGACAACAGCAGUUGACAUGGAGACAGCCCGUUGUGCGGCCAGUGUGCUCCACAGCCUGUCACACCAAAGAGAAGGUCUGCUGGCCAUAUUUAAGUCUGGAGGGAUACCAGCACUGGUUCGCAUGCUAAGUUCGCCGGUGGAAUCAGUUUUAUUUUACGCCAUCACCACCCUCCACAACCUGCUGCUCCACCAAGAGGGGGCCAAAAUGGCAGUGCGUCUUGCUGACGGCCUGCAGAGGAUGGUUCCCUUACUGAAAAAGAGUAACCCCAAGUUCCUGGCCAUCACUACUGACUGUCUGCAGCUUUUAUCGUAUGGCAACCAGGAGAGCAAGCUGAUCAUCUUAGCCAAUGGGGGCCCAGAGGGUCUGGUGUUCAUUAUGAGGAACUAUAACUAUGAGAAGUUACUAUGGACCACUAGCCGCGUUCUCAAAGUGUUGUCUGUCUGUCCCAGCAACAAGCCAGCAAUAGUUGAGGCUGGUGGUAUGCAGGCUUUGGGCCAACAUCUCACAGGUUCCAGUCAGCGUCUGAUCCAGAACUGUCUGUGGACACUGCGCAAUCUGUCAGAUGCUGCAACCAAACAGGAGGGGUUAGAUGGUCUGCUGCAGAUACUAGUCACCCAGCUGGGCUCAGAUGAUGUUAACAUGUUGACCUGUGCAACUGGCAUCCUGUCCAACCUCACCUGUAAUAACUCACGCAACAAGACUCUGGUGACUCAGUACGGCGGCGUGGAGGCGUUGAUCCAUGCUGUACUUCGUGCUGGGGAGAAGGAGGAUGUUGCUGAGCCAGCGGUCUGCGCCCUGCGUCACCUCACCUCCCGCCACCAGGAUGCUGAACUUGCCCAGAAUGCCGUCCGGCUGCACUAUGGCAUCCCAGCUGUUGUCAAGCUGCUGGGGCAGCCACACUAUUGGCCUGUAGUGAAGGCUACUGUUGGUCUGAUCCGGAACCUGGCACUAUGCCCAACCAAUCAGGCACCGCUGAGGGAGGCGGGAGCUAUUCCACGAUUGGUAAACCUGCUGCUGAAGGCUCACCAGGACACACAGAGACAUGCCUCCUCCGCACAGCAGACAUACCAGGAUGGCGUUCGUAUGGAGGAAAUAGUGGAGGGCUGUACAGGAGCGCUUCACAUUCUGGCCAGAGACCCCAUGAACAGAGGAGAUAUCGCCAGCAUGCAAACCAUACCACUGUUUGUUCAGCUGCUGUACUCAUAUGUGGAGAAUGUGAAGCGGGUAUCAGCGGGUGUCCUGUGUGAGCUGGCCCUGGACAAGCAGUCCGCAGAGCUCAUCGAUGCAGAGGGGGCGUCAGCUCCCCUCAUGGAGUUACUGCACUCGAGCAACGAGGGAAUCGCCACCUAUGCUGCGGCAGUGUUGUUCCGCAUUUCGGAGGACAAGAGUUCAGACUACAGGAAGAGAGUAUCAGUGGAGCUCACACACUCGCUCUUUAAACACGACCCUGCUGCUUGGGAAAUGGCCCAUACUGCAAUUCCUUUGGAGCCUACAUACCUAGCUGAUGAGUUAGAUGGUUCUUACCCUCCCUAUGGCUAUGCUGAUUUGCCUCUGGACACCCUGCCACUAGACCCUGACCUCCAAGAGCCCUACAUCCCUGACAUGACCUAUGACCCAAGACAGGCCUAUCCUGAACCACUUUAACAGGAGAAUAGAAUAGAGAAAUGCUGAAAGAAAACACAAGAAUGACCAAAUCACAUGAGGAAAGACUGGAGGAAUGAAUGCAGGAAAAAGGAGGUGGAAGUUUUAAUCAUAAAAGGAAUCAACCCUUUUCAACUGGUGCACAAAAAAAAAAAAAAAAGAAAUCCCACUUGGCAAUCAAGAACUAUCAAAAGAGGUUGCUCUAUUGAAGGAGGUUUAUCCUUGCUGUAAAUGAAAAAUGUUACUUUGUUAUAAUGUUUUACUGUGGCUGAAAG